AUCAGUUUUGUUCCUGGUUCCGCCACUGAAGACACUCAAAUCUACCAAUCCAUGCCACUCGACUCCAUUUCAUCUUUUCUUUAACAAGCUGAGUGCUGACAACCAUGGCUUCUCUAGUACUCCCCCUCCUCCUACUCUGCGCCGCUUCGCAGGCUAUUCUCAUGUUCUCCACCUCAACUGCAGCAUACCCAUCCAACCCUGGCGCUGAUACCACCGACUGCUCGCUCUCUGACAAACACGAGGAGCUCAUCCCCGUUCGCCGAGAGGUCUACGACGGAGGCCGCAUCAUCGAUAUCAGCCACAGGUACACUCCAGAUUUGCCGUCGUGGGACUCUAUGGGCGGCCUCGGCCAGUUCCUCUGGCUCCGGCAGAGUAUGAAGAACGGCUCGAUCGCCAACUUCUCGGAAAUGAAGCUGCCCACUCACACCGGCACGCACGUCGACUCUCCCGGUCACUUCUUCGAUCACUACUUGGACGCUGGCUUCGAUGUCGACACGCUUGAUCUGGAAGUUCUCAAUGGUCUGGCCUUGUUGAUUGACGUUCCAAGGGACAAGAACAUAACUGCUGAAGUCAUGAAGGAUUUAAAUAUCCCGAAGGGAACACGUCGUGUCCUUUUUAGGACAUUAAAUACAGAUAGGCAGCUGAUGUUUAAAAAGUAUUAUGACACAAGUUACGUGGGAUUUAUGAAGGACGGGGCAAAAUGGUUGGUUGAGAACACUGAUAUCAAACUCGUUGGAAUCGAUUACUUAUCAGCUGCUGCUCAUGAAGAUUUGACUGCAGCUCAUCUUGUCUUUUUGGAAGGCAGGGAUAUCAUACUCGUAGAAGGCCUAAAGCUCGAUGACAUCCAACCAGGAAUAUAUUCAGUCCGUUGUUUACCUCUCAGGUUGCUUGGUGCGGAGGGAUCGCCUAUAAGAUGCAUUCUCAUCAAUUAAUAAUAUCGAUUGUAAUUGUUAAAAAAGUGAAAGUGAUCUAUCCUAAGAAACGGUUUUCCCAGUUUAACUAGAAACCUACGAUCUUAUCAAUGUUACUGUUAAAGGUAUGCUUGGUUAAAUUGUUACAGGAAACAGUGUCAGCCUACGGAGGUGUCAAGUAAUAAGGAGAAGAGGGUUUCUUGUGCCUCAAUAGAGCAGGAGGGGUAUACACCAAAGGACUUUGAGAUGCAUAUGUGAAUACGAUUUCGUAAUAUAUAUGUGUGCAUAGGUUAUAUCAUAUGGGCGACAUAAUAAACUUGUCGUUUGACUCUCUGCCUUCAGAAGUUGCUGAGCAUUGGGUUCGCAAUGUAGCAUUGGGUCCUCUGGAGAUAGAUAUCAAAUGUCAGUAAACUUCGAGCUUUAUUAUAAACAAUGGGGCAGGCUUCGACAUUGACGCGCA